AUGGGCCGCCAGUGUCCCGAGUGGAUCACCUGGCACAAGCUCGGUAAGCUCAAAUCUGGAUUGGAGGACUGUGUAGCUUCUUUCGGCACUACAUUCGGCUCACGGGAUAUUGACGAGUGGCUGGACAAUAUGAAGAAGAAAGACGUACAGAAGCCCACUGGACAGCAAUGCCGAAUAUCGCCGUUUCAAAAUAACAACGCGUAA